ACAGCCCAUAGAUUCACCAAGCCAAUUCUUGUCUGUAAUUGCCCUAGCGUAACGAUUUCUUAGAAUAAUGUCUGCCGAACUGGAAGAAAUGCAUAAUCCAUCGCUGGAGGUUAUUGAUGAAGACGAUGACCAGCCGUCGCUUAGCCUGCAUACGCUUGAAGCUCUGAAAGAGUUCCUUUGCGAGCAGAGCUCGGGAGCCGGUGAAAGCUUGGGGGACGUGAGGCUGGUAGCGGAGGACUGGAGGCUAAGCCAGUUCUGGUACGAUCGAGACACUGCAGAGACGAUUGCAGAGGAGAUAAGAAGCCUAUCUUCGUCCAGCCAUUCUCCGGUUGCCUGCAUUGCUUGCCCUACAAUUUAUGCAUAUCUCAAAAAAAUUGAUCCCAAUAUUUCAGUACAAUUACUAGAGUAUGACAGGCGAUUUGAACAAUAUGGUAGUGAUUAUAUAUUCUAUGACUACAACCUUCCUGAAGAAUUGCCGUUAGAAUUGGGACGAGCCUACAAAAUUAUUGUUGCGGACCCUCCUUACUUGAGCAAAGAGUGCUUGGAGAAAGUAGUGCAAACAAUUUCCUAUUUGGCUCAGAGAGAGGAGUAUUAUUUGUUGCUUCUCACAGGAGAGGUGCAGAAGGAGAGUGCGGCCAAGUUGUUGAAGGCAUAUUCUUGUGGUUUCCGGCCUCAACACUCUAACAAGCUUGGGAAUGAGUUCAGACUCUUCACAAAUUAUGACCCAGGAGAGAGACUUGGUGGUUGGGAGUGACAAAGGCAAUUAUAAAUUCAGGCAGGUCUUUAGUUUAAUGUCGCUAUUUACCUUUUUUUAUAUUUCUUGUAGUAGAAAAUUUUCAUUAGAAAUCAAAUUUUUAUUUAUUUUCCAUUUCUCAAUAUUCACUCAUACAUAGAUGCUACAUCAAUUAGAUAUCA